AAAAUUUCAUUACGAGUCCUCUGAAUUUCAUAUAUUAGAGGAGUGUCCAGAAGUUGAAGAAGAUGAUAGGAGGAGUGGCACAAGCGGCACAGCUGAUAGCUCUGUAAUUGGAUCUGCGACGAAUCGAAGAGCAUAAAUGGUGCGAAUUUAGAGAUCUGUACAUUACCAUCACUGUUCAUGCUUUUUUGAUUGCCGUUUUUCUCAUCUUCACCAAUGGACAAGUCAAGUGCUUUGGAGUACAUCAACCAAAUGUUCCCAAACGAGGCAUCUCUCUCUGGCGUGGAGCCACUGAUGCAAAAAAUCCAGAACGAGAUUCGCACUGUUGAUGCUGGAAUUCUAGCUGCUGUUCGCCAACAGAGCAAUUCAGGAACUAAGGCGAAAGAAGAUCUCGCUGCUGCUACACGUGCCGUUGAGGAACUGAUGUAUAAGAUCCGAGAGAUAAAAACGAAAGCUGUACAAAGUGAAACAAUGGUUCAAGAAAUUUGCCGCGAUAUUAAGAAACUGGACUUUGCAAAGAAGCAUAUAACUACGACGAUUACUGCACUUCAUCGGCUUACGAUGCUCGUCUCUGCUGUUGAACAGCUUCAAGUCAUGGCUUCUAAACGUCAAUAUAAAGAGGCCGCUGCACAGCUGGAGUUUCUGGAGAGAGCUUUUGAAAAAAGAUAUGAUCAUUUCUCUGGAAAAAGCGGUCCCCUAACAUGCUGCAAAUUCUCACUCACACACAGUAUAGACUCUGGAUGUCUACUUCAGUUGUUUUGAAUUCCUUAAUUUUCAUCUUUCUCAUGAAGAAAGCAGUCAACCAGUUAUGUAGUCACUUUGAGGCCUAUAGGGAUAUUCCGAAGAUCAUAGAACUGAGGGAGAAGUUUAAGAAUAUCAAGCAAAUACUAAAGUCACAUGUGUUUUCUGAUUUUUCUAGCUUAGGUACUGGAAAGGAGACAGAAGAAACUAAUUUGCUACAGCAGUUGUCUGAUGCCUGCUUGGUUGUUGAUGCAUUAGAGCCUUCUGUGAGGGAAGAAUUGGUAAAUAAUUUCUGUAAUAGGGAGCUUACAUCGUAUGAGCAAAUUUUUGAAGGAGCUGAACUUGCAAAGUUGGAUAAAACUGAACGAAGAUAUGCAUGGAUUAAGCGCCGAAUGAGAUCAAAUGAAGAAAUUUGGAAAAUUUUUCCAUCUUCAUGGCAUGUUUCAUAUCGGCUCUGUAUCCUAUUUUGCAAGAAAACAAGGAAACAACUUGAGGACAUUCUUGCUAAUCUAAAGGAAAAGCCAGAUGUUGGGACCUUGUUGUUGGCUUUACAGCGAACUUUAGAGUUUGAGGAUGAAUUGGCUGAGAAAUUUGGGGGAGGCACUCAAAACAGAGAGAUUGGGAAUGAGAUUGAAGAAAUAGGUAGAGGGACUAAUUCGAGUAGUAAUGCUUCGGAUAUCCGGAAGAAAUAUGAAAAAAAGCUUGCUGCCCAUCAAGGAGGUGAUGGUGAUGAAAAAGAUGGAAGUAAAGAUUUGGCAGUGCCUGGAGCUGGGUUCAACUUUCGUGGAAUUAUUUCAUCUUGCUUUGAACCUCACUUAACAGUAUAUGUAGAAUUAGAAGAGAAGACAUUAAUGGAAAGUCUGGAGAAACUUGUUCAGGAGGAGACAUGGGAUAUUGAGGAGGGAAGUCAGAGUAGUGUUUUAUCCAGUAGCAUGCAGUUGUUUCUUAUAAUCAAGAGAAGCUUGAAGAGAUGCAGUGCUUUAACAAAGAACCAGACACUAUUCAAUCUGUUUAAGGUUUUCCAAAGAGUUCUUAAAGCAUAUGCUACGAAGCUCUUUGCUAGACUCCCAAAAGGGGGAACAGGAAUUGUUGCCGCAGCCACUGGCAUGGAUGGACAAAUAAAGACAUCUGAUAGGGAUGAAAGAGUGAUUUGUUACAUUGUCAAUUCAGCUGAAUAUUGCCACAAAACGGCUGGUGAACUGGCAGAAAGCGUUUCUAAAAUAAUUGAUCCUCAAUUUGCAGAUGGGGUGGAUAUUUCAGAAGUGCAGGAUGAAUUUUCAGCCGUUAUAACUAAAUCAUUGGUGACCUUAGUGCAUGGCCUGGAAACUAAAUUCGACAUUGAAAUGGCUGCAAUGACUCGUGUCCCUUGGGGUACCCUUGAGAGUGUUGGUGAUCAAUCAGAGUAUGUUAAUGCCAUAAAUUUGAUUCUAACCAUUAGCAUUCCUGUACUUGGAAGUCUUCUUUCACCUGUCUACUUUCAGUUCUUUCUGGACAAGCUUGCAUCAUCUCUUGGUCCACGCUUUUAUUCAAACAUUUUCAAAUGCAAGCAAAUAUCUGAAACUGGAGCUCAACAGAUGCUAUUAGAUACCCAAGCUGUAAAGACAAUCCUUCUUGAAGUUCCUUCCCUUGGUAGACAGACAUCAGGUGCUGCAAGUUAUUCCAAGUUUGUAAGCAGAGAAAUGAGCAAAGCUGAGGCCCUUUUGAAGGUUAUACUUUCUCCAGUUGAUUCUGUAGCAGAUACUUACCGUGCAUUGCUACCUGAGGGUACACCCAUGGAGUUUCAACGAAUACUGGAGCUUAAGGGUCUCAAAAAAGCUGAUCAACAAAGCAUUCUUGAUGACUUUAACAAACAUGGGCCUGGAAUUAAGCAAACUCAGAUUGCACCUACAAUUGUGCCAGCUGCUCCAGUAGCUCCUGUGGUACCUAGUCCCUCUGCUGCUGGACUCAUAGCUUCGCGGGAGGACGUUCUAACUAGGGCUGCUGCACUUGGACGAGGAGCUGCCACUACUGGAUUCAAGCGGUUCCUAGCUCUUACUGAAGCUGCCAAAGACAGGAAAGAUGGGCCUUUCCGGAAGCUCUUUAAUCCAUAAUGAAGAGAGUGCCACAACCCUAAUUUUUUGGCCAGAGCUCAUAAGCUUUUAGUUUUUUUUUUUUUUUUUUUUAAUUUAGUUUUCUGUUUUCUUUUUCCUUCUCUUUGAUUCUUUAUGUAAGUUUAUUAAUAUCAUGUUUAUCUGAUUUCACUCGAUCAUCUGGAAGCUGAUUUUGCAAAUAAAGAUAUCUUCAAAUUUGCAU